GAUUCUACGAACCCCGAGCGUGACGAGUCGGGUGCUUCCGGGCCCCCUGUCCCAGAGCGCAUGGGCGAUGAUGAUGCUCUAAUGGUUGAUUCUACAAACCCCGAGCGUGACGAGUCGGGUGCUUCCGGGCCCCCUGCCCCAGAGCACAUGGGCGACGAUGAUGCUCCAAUGGUUGAAUCUGCAAACCCCAAACAUGACGAGUUGGGUGCUCCCAGGCCCCCUGCCCCAAAGCACAUGGGCGACAAUAAUGCUCCAAUGGUUGAAUCUACGAACCCCGAGCGUGACGAGUUGGAUGCUCCCAGGCCCCCUGCCCCAGAGCACAUAGGCGACGAUAAUGCUCCAAUGGUUGAAUCUGCGAACCCCGAGCGUGACAAGUUGGGUGCUCCCGGGCCCCCUGCCCCAGAGCACCUUGGGAAUAGACCAACCCGCGAUACAGCACAGGAUCAUGAAGAAGAUGACCUCGCCUCUAGGGCUGACACCGCCCACCGGUUAUUAGACAUGCUUCAAAGCAAAGAACAGAGAGAAAAACCACAACCUACACCAAUUCCUGACGUACAACCUACGCCGGCCCCUAUCAUACAAUCUACCACCAACACAACAAAAACCAAUGUCAGCCAAACAAAAUCUCAUAGAAACCGCCACGUGAAGGAUCGGUGCGCCUAUGCGCGGGUAAUGAGUAAUACAAAUAUUCAGGCUGUGGCUAGCUUAGCGAGGUAUAACAAACAGAAUCCCCACAAUGAAGUUCAAAACAAUACAUCUCCAGUCCGCGCCUUCUUCCAAUACACCCUUACCCAGCAUCUUAUGCAAAUAGAUCCAGUUCUUUUCAUCAUACAGCAUUAUCUUCGGCCAUUCUUCCAUAAAGAGAAUGCACUCGAUCCUCAUACCAUGGCGAUUCCCCUGCCAGCCAUCUACGCACACCCUCAAACUGUGUCCUUAUCCAUCUGGAUGUAUGAUCCAAACUGGGAUGGCGAGGACACAUACUGCACUUCUUUAUAUGGUGUUGUCCCUAUCAUCAACCAGAACAGUGCCAGCAUGCAAUACCAUACCAUACCAUUUAGAACCAGCAGGGCAGUUGCUCUACAAUUUGCAAAAAAGUGCAAAGAACUAAACAAUCCACUUGAAUUUGCCCCCGUGCCAGUUCGGGUAAAUCCCAACAUCACUAUAAAGGUGCAUCAGUCCCAGACCCAGAUAUUCCCCGUCACUGAAGCGACAGUUUCUACAUUAAGCGCGGUGAUCUGGGACAGAUGUAUCCCCAUAACACCAUAUUCAAAACCCCACGGUCAUGAGAAUGAACAGAUCCUCGCAUAUCAGGUUUAUUUCACUCAUCCAGAAUAUAAAGACACAAUCCGCUACCCUCAGCUGGAGAAAGCCCGCGCCAAUUGCCAUCCAUUAUACACUAAUACCAACAGGCAGGCUGCGCAGUUCAUAGAGAUACCAGACUACUACAGAUUAUCCUAUCUUACCCCUCUUAGCGGCAUCGAUAACCUAGGUCGGGCCAUUCUAGCCCAGCAGCCAUAA